AGCGAAGCUUACUUUAAUAUGAUGACAAUCAAUUUUUAGGUUAUGAACAAAAUUUUAUUAUUUCUAAAAACAAGUGAAAUUCGUAGUCAUAGUUGAAAAUUUUUGUGAAUAAAAAUGGGACAAAACCAAUCUGGUCAAAGUGGUGGUGAUAAAAAAGAUGAUAAGGACAAGAAAAAGAAGUAUGAACCUCCGAUUCCAACAAGGGUUGGCAAAAAAAAAACGGCGAGUUAAAGGCCCAGAAGCGGCUAUGAAAUUACCUCAGGUGACGCCUCAUACAAGAUGCAGACUUAAAUUAUUAAAACUUGAGAGAAUUAAAGAUUUUUUGCUGAUGGAAGACGAGUUUAUAAGAAAUCAAGAACGCUUAAAACCGCAGGAUGAAAAAAAUGAGGAAGAACGAUCAAAAGUUGAUGAUCUUCGAGGUACUCCUAUGUCGGUUGGUAACCUUGAAGAAAUUAUUGAUGAUAAUCAUGCAAUUGUUUCAACUUCUGUUGGUAGCGAACAUUAUGUGAGUAUUUUAUCGUUUGUUGAUAAGGAUCAACUAGAACCUGGUUGCUCGGUGUUAUUAAAUCAUAAAGUGCAUGCUGUAGUUGGUGUUCUUAGCGAUGAUACCGACCCAAUGGUAACAGUAAUGAAAUUAGAAAAAGCCCCACAAGAAACUUAUGCGGAUAUUGGAGGUCUGGAUACUCAAAUUCAAGAAAUAAAAGAGUCUGUAGAAUUACCAUUAACACAUCCAGAAUACUAUGAAGAAAUGGGUAUCAAACCUCCGAAAGGAGUUAUAUUGUAUGGUCCUCCUGGAACUGGAAAAACACUUCUUGCAAAAGCCGUUGCAAAUCAAACAUCAGCUACAUUUUUGAGGGUUGUGGGGAGUGAAUUAAUUCAGAAAUACUUGGGCGAUGGACCAAAAUUAGUAAGAGAAUUAUUUAGAGUAGCUGAAGAACACGCACCAUCAAUCGUAUUUAUUGAUGAAAUUGAUGCAGUUGGUACAAAACGAUACGACUCAAAUUCUGGUGGAGAAAGGGAAAUACAAAGAACUAUGUUGGAACUUCUUAACCAACUUGACGGUUUUGACUCUAGAGGCGAUGUUAAAGUUAUCAUGGCCACAAACAGAAUUGAAACUUUAGACCCUGCUCUUAUUAGACCUGGUCGUAUAGAUCGUAAGAUAGAGUUCCCCUUACCAGAUGAGAAAACCAAGCGCCGCAUUUUUACUAUUCACACAUCAAGAAUGACUUUAGCAGAGGAUGUAAACCUAAACGAAUUGAUUAUGGCUAAAGACGAUUUAUCUGGUGCUGACAUUAAAGCAAUUUGUACAGAAGCUGGUCUUAUGGCAUUAAGAGAGCGUCGAAUGAAAGUUACGAAUGAAGACUUUAAAAAGUCAAAGGAAAGUGUUUUAUAUAGGAAAAAAGAAGGUACACCGGAAGGACUUUACCUUUAAAAAAAAGCCAAUUCAGUUAAUAUUAAUUUUUAAUUAUAUUCUUAUCUUUUGUAGAGUCCAAUAAAAUUAUCCUAAUAAAUUACUAAAAUUUGGAAA